AUGAUAAAGGAUCUAGUGGUCAUUGAUCCCACACGCAGUCAUAACGAUGAAGAUACGCACAAGUCCCUAAUUUUAUUCCACGAAUUUGGUGAAGCUGCUGGUAGCUCUUCCCUCAAUGAUAAAUUAAAUAGAGUAGGUAUUAUACAGGGUCUCUGGUCUCUUACUCAAUCCUUUGAAGAAACACAAGAAGAGGAAAACGAAAAAGUGAUAGAAUUGGAUAAUGAGGUGAUAUUAGUGAUCAAAGUUGAAUCUCGAUAUUUUAUGGCAAUAUCCAUAAACGAAUAUGAGAAUUUUGAUGAUACAUCUAAAGGUACAAGCAACAUACCAUUUCAAUUUUAUUUGGGUCACUUAUGGCUCUGUUAUAAAUUUUUUGUCCUAAAACAUGGUGCAUUCUCAAAAUUCAAUGACAAUGCUGAUCUUACGAAUAAUCUAAAUGAACAUAUAAUAACAUUUUGGAAUGAUAUAUAUUUAAAACCUGAUACUUUAAUACGGCAAGGUAUAAAUGUACUGUGGCCCAAUGCAUAUAAAACAUCUGAAUUGGCGGACCUUUUAGAAUCUGAAACAGCAACAUUGGCUGACGACGAAUCCUGGGACACCAUUAUAAAUAGAAAAAUAUUAUUGCAGGAAGAAAGCUAUUUGGGUGUUAAAGAUAUCUUAAUAUAUAACCUUCCCUCAUAUUCUAAAGAUCGAGCAACAGGAAUCUUAAAUGAUAAAAGAUCAAGGAUCGGUACUAAAUAUUUUGGUCUUGUUCGAAAUUUCUGUCAGGCGUUCGAGAGUUUACCAGAUAUAUCAAACUGGAUUUAUCAUUUAACGCAACAGUAUGACGUUAUUUCAAGUCAUGUGCUUGCAGGUAAUACACAUUAUAAGGAGGUACCAACUACAGACGAUAAUAAUGAUGAUGAUGAUGAUGAUGAUGAUGCAGGAGGAUUCACGACUCAGACGACUGGAGCUGGACUGGCAACAUUUGGGAACAAAUUGUAUCAUAAUAUGACGUUACCCAUUUCUUUUGCAUACGAUGUUGUUCAAGAGGUUGGUGUUACUGCCGGCGUGUCAUCCAGUAUGUCUUACUUGAAAAGCUACAUGCCAUCGUGGACAACCUCGACUCCCAAUGAACUAGAAACCAAUCGUUCCUCAGAAAGGAAAAGAUACGGCUAUUUGAUUUCUCCAUUAGCUCAAUCUUCAUUGCCUUCUAAUUAUAAAAUUAUCAAACUAAACCUUAAAUUUGGUUCGCAGGCAAAAUUUUACAAUGUUCUCUUUUGGUACUAUGAAAAUAUGUUGGCGAUCAUAAUUUGUGAUGAAAAUUUUGAAACUAUUUGGAAUCAUAGCUAUUUGAACGAUUUAAGUUUUAUCCUUUCGUUAAGUAUGGAGAAGCUUCAUAAUAAAUUAGAGACUGUCAAGAGACCAAUGCAAGAGAAUUUUGGAUACUUGAUAGUUGAUAAAAAUAAAAGUAUCCCAGAAUUGAGAUCAUCCAUACCUUCAUGCAUUGGACUGUUUAACCCUUAUCAAAAUGAAUCACCCUUAAAUUUAGUAAUUGAAGGGCUGGACAAAUUCUUUUCUAUCCCUAACUUAAAUAUUGAUAAAAAUGGUGAGAAUGUUUUAGGUAUUGAUAUUAUGGGUAGUUUGUUUUCAACUAGCAAACCGAGGGAAACUUCAGAAAUUAGUAAACGGAAAUCACCGUAUAACAAUACCUUCUUGGAUGCAAUGGAAACAGAUAAACUAUGGACUCUAUACGAAGAAUUAUUGAUAUUUCUUGAUUCAUUAAAUAAAUCUGAAACCAAAUUGAAUAUUUCUGAAGAGAGACUAUUAACAUUAAGUAAUGGUGUCUUAUGUUACAUUAAGAACGAUCAUCAGCGAACACUGAUCAUUUUGAAGAACUGGUUUGAUAAUAAAUAUGAUGAUUAUCCAACAAAGGAGGUGACUCUGUUUAAUAAUUUGGGUAUUGAUGUUACGAGUUGGUGGGCCAAAAAGAAAUAUGAUAUGGAAUGA